AUGCAGCCGUGUUGCCGAUGGCGUGCCGCCAGCCCAUUGGACAGUUUCGCCACGUACUCACGUGACCCGGCCAGCUCACCUUCGGCCGCAGGCCGCCUCUUGCUGUCUGGACCGCUCGCCGGCAACCGCCUCUCCCUUCGUCCGGCCGCCUCGUCUUCUGCACGCCUGACCAGUCUCGGUUCUGGUCGCGCCGCUCGGGCUGAGUCCACCUCGUCUUCUACCUCGUACUCGCCUCGCCCCCGCAGCGCUGCCAAGUGGUCAGACAGCCAGACAGACAGCCAGAACGGCUGGGGCCAGACCUUUGCCGGCUGCCGAGUGGACGCGGCGAGGCGAGGCAAGGCGAGACGAGACGAGCGUAUCGCAGGGCGCAGCGGAGAGUCGUUUGCCGACCGCCCGCGUCAGACAACUGCCUGUGCCGUGAAGCGAGCCGAGAUGCACUCGUUCUCGAUCGCCUGCCUCCUCGACGCGACAGCGCCGACCGUGGCGCUCGACCCCGCCACGUUCUGCCUCGAGGCGGCCGACGAACUCGCCACCUCGACGGCCUCCGCCGGCGCCGAGUUGAACGUGGACUCGCUUUUCGCCUCAUUUCUCGCUCUCAGUCCCGCCCCACCGCCGCCGCCGCCGCAGCCACAUCCACACGCACUGACGUCUUGGGACACCGCCCACGCAGCCGUCCACGCCUCCCGUGCGCCCAAUCGCAAUCGACCGCUGCCGCCGGCCCCGAUGGGCCAUUUCGCC